UCAGGAGCGCCUAACACACUUGCGCAAUAAGCUUAGGUCUGCACUGCAAAGGAGGCUUGCAACGUCAUCAUUACGCACCCCAGUGCAGAGAAGGACCCCUCCCCUUAUUUUGAGGACCGGGUUGGCGCGACUGAAUCACUGCAGUCGGAUGGCAACCCGAGAUCUGGGCUUCGAAAGGCUCAUCAGGCGAAAGGCCGUGGAAACCACCGGGACUUUGAGACUCGGUGGGCCCUACCCCGCUUCACUUCGGGUGACGGCGCUGUGACGAGCAACUGACAGGCGCAACGAAAGGCAGCCCUCUGCUGUCUGGAGAAAAGCAGAGGCCUGGGCUACCAGCCUCGGGAGGGAGCUGAGGGCAGUGUUUGGGGCAGCGGGUCACAGCGGCUGAAAGCGCGCGUGGGAAGCGGGGGUUCUAGGUGCAAUAAGAGUUUCGGGAUGUCAGAGAAAGAUGUCUCCCGGAAGGAGGCAGGCUAAAGCGUGGGUACCACUACCUGCCUCAAGACAGGUGGGAGAGAAGGGGAUGAGGCUGGUGUCAAAGAUCAAGGGUCCCGCGCUCUGAGUUCAGGGAGUUAGUUUGAUGUAGGAGGCAUAGGUCAGAGGUCUCACGCAAGUGAGAAGGCUCUAAGGGGAGUCACAAACCGGGGUAGUUGAAUCUUCUGGGAGGACUGAACCUUCUCUAGCGAGCUGCUCUAUCAGAGGGGUCUCAGUCACCAUGGAGGACCGGCACCCCAAAGAGACCAUGGAGCAGGAGGAUUCGUCCAAGGAGAGAAGUCCCCAAAGUCCGGGAGGUGACAUCUGCCACUUGGGGGCCCUGCAGUGCACCCGCUGCCUCAUCACCUUCGCAGACUCCAAGUUCCAGGAGCGUCACAUGAAGCGGGAGCACCCAGCGGACUUCGUGGCCCAGAAGCUGCAGGGGGUCCUCUUCAUCUGCUUCACGUGCGCCCGCUCCUUCCCCUCCUCCAAGGCCCUGAUCACCCACCAGCGCAGCCACGGUCCAGCGGCCAGGCCCUCCCAGCCGGCUGCGCCCACCACCACGCCACCCACCUUCCCCUGUCCCGACUGUGGCAAGACCUUUGGGCAGGCCGCUUCUCUGAGGCGGCAUCGCCAGGCGCACGAGGCCCACCCCCUUCCUGGCCCCUUCGCCUGCACUGAGUGUGGGCAGGACUUUGCCCAGGAAGCAGGGCUGCAUCAGCACUACAUCCGGCAUGCCCGGGGGGAGCUCUGAGUGUGGCUCCAGCCCUCCCUAGGGCAAUGGAAGCUCUGUGGCUGGUGGGACACCCAUCUGAUAUGGGAUGGGAGGGAUUUACUUUCCUCCCUGGAAAGGCAAAGGACUCCUGAUCAAUAGGACCCAGAAGAUGCUCAUUUAGAGCUUCCGUCUUUGGAGGACACAAAAGCCUUCAGGGAAACAGUAAAAUCAAACAAUAGUGAGAAAGAAAGAAAGAGGGAAAUUUGUUAUUUGUAUCUUCCUCGUUCCCAAUGAAAUAGUUUGAAAUCAUAACUAGCUGCAGAUUGUGUUAUCACCAUUAAUUCUUCCCAGAUGGAGGCAAUGGGGCUGCAAGAGCCAAGUGCCUGGAUCUGGGCCUGAAUCGGGGAGGGAAAGUGAGGUGUUGCCUGCCUGUAAUGCCACCGAAUGGGUCCCACACGUGGAGCAACUUGAGCCUUUGGGGAUGGGACAGCAAAGUCGGAGGCGGCACUGAGUCACGUGAGGGUUGCAAACUGGGCCCUUGUCUCUUCCCACCCCCUGCCAGCCUUUCCCACUCAAGGUGGGGCCGUGGCAUUGGAUGGCUCUGCCUUCCUCCCCCCCAGAUAAUUUAUUGUUCAUUGAAAUAAUUUUAUGUACCAUUCUGGUCACGGAAUAUUUUUUGUAUGUGUAGGUGAGAUGGCAUGAAUAAACUAACAGAAGUAGUAUCUGAAAACAAAAGGUCCAUAAUAAAAUGUCUAAACAA